UUUUGUCCUGUAUUUCAUAGAACUGUAGAGUUGGAAGAGACCUCGAAGGACCACCCCACUGGAAUGUAGGUUCUCCCCAUCUCCCUGCCAAGUUAGGGAUCCUCUCCAAAUGCAUGUGUUUGAAUGGGAAUGUGAAAACUCACUUUUUAAAGCUCUGGGUAGCCAACCACAGACAGAAUCAAAUUCUGUUUGGCUGCGAGGGAUUGCAAUGGGAGUGCCUUGAGCACCAGAUAAAAAAACUAAACUCCCCCCAACCGCACUGCUCCACCCUGUCCUGUAUUUAGCAGAAACGAAAACAGCAGCCCCAACAGAAGGGUCAUCCAGCCCACCUGCAAUGCAGGAGUCUCGAACCCACAGCCCUGAGAUUUAAGCCUCAUGCUCUACCAGUUGAGCUCUCUCCCUUAACUUCAUAUUGUAUUGGUCCCAUCAAGCUCUGGGAUUUGCCAGAUGUCGGUGGCAGGUCUGAGGUGGAGCCUGUUCUGCUGGCAAGUCACCAGGGCCACAAGCUGGUCGAGGGAAAGGCGGCUCCAAGAUGGCGAUGGAAGCCAGCAGGCUUCGGCGCUCCGCAGAUAACAGGACUGUAAUUAGCAUUGAUUGCCACCCAGGGAAGUAAUUUUUCCUUUUUUACUUCUCUACUUUUAAACUUACCAACCUACUGAGAUUCUAACAGCACCUUCUUGUCUACGCAAUGAGAAACAUCUUGGGCAAGUUCUGUGAAGGACAAGCUGGUCACCACUUGCGCGCUUCUCAUCCAGGGCAGCCAAGUUGCACUCACAGAAAAGUCUACCAGGAACUCCACCUGCUCAUGCAUAGAGAGGGACUUGUAGUCUCAAAACAUCUGGAGGGCCAAGUUUGCCUAUUGCCUGCUCUACAUUUGACAUCACCAAGAAGUGGCAUGGGCUCACAACAGAUCAACGAGUAUACCUGAAGGAGCGUCUCCACCCCCAUCGUUCUGCCCAGACACUGAGGUCCAGCGCCGAGGGCCUUCUGGCGGUUCCCUCACUGCGAGAAGCCAAGUUACAGGGAACCAGGCAGAGGGCCUUCUCGGUGGUGGCACCCACCCUGUGGAACACCCUCCCAUCAGAUGUCAAAGAGAUAAACUAGCUGACAUUCAGAAGACAUCUGAAGGCAGCCCUGUUCAGGGAAAUUUUUAAUCUGUGACAUUGUAAUGUAUUUUUAAUCUCUGUUGGAAGCCGCCCAGAGUGGCUAGGGAGACCCAGCCAGAUGGGCGGGGUACAAAUAAUAUAUUAUUAUUAUCAACAAGAUGUAAGGAUGGACCUGCAGGCUUUCAUGGAUGCGAUCUGCUUCCUGGCCCAUCAUCCCUGACACUGGUUGUAUUAGCUAGAGAUGAUGGGAGUUGUAGUCCCCAAACAUCUGGAGGGCAGAGUUUGCCAAUGCCUGAUGUAGAGGAUUGUCUGCAGAGGCCAUGCUGAAGCCACGGUUGCUUAUAUUGCUGUUCCUGGUGGCAGGGGAAGAGAACUGUGAGAGAAUCAUCCUGUUAGAGGCAGAGCAGGCUUGCAAUGGCACCAUGAACCAAAGCAGCUCUUGAGGCAAAAGACGUGACAAAGCAUGUUCUCCUUCAUGGAGAGCACGAGUUGCGGUGGGGUUAACCAGACACCCCCUGGUUGCUGGGUGAGUUAGUUUGGAUGACCAUCGUUGUGAUUGGGCUCCUCUGAUUGCUGGGGAGAGUUGGCUGUUGCCAACUUUGAUUUGACAGCCUUGGUUUAUAUAUUCCCAGUGCACAGCAUUGAGCAUCCUCUUUUCGCUGAGCGCAUUGCAUCACCCGCCCUCCCUCCCUAAUUUUAGGGCGUUUUUUUGCAUUUGACAUUCCUAUGCCUGUCAUGGAGCUGUCUGCUUUUGAGGCAGGGGCCUGGUAGGAAUUUUGUCCAUUUGGCUGAUUGGCUGGUGCCAUUUGGUUUUUGCCUACUGCGUAGCAAAUCGUCACAACUUGUAAGGAUGCGGUUACGCAUUGGUUUUAGAAAAUUGGUUGGUGGAGGGGUAUGGAUUGGCUGUGCCUGCCCCUCCAAUGCUGCUGCUGCUGCAAGGGUAUUCCGUUAAAGGAAUCCAGGGGCUCGCCAUGCUUUUGUUCGAACCCCUGUCAAGGGGCUAGGGCCACGCAAGAGCCCCUGGGAGCAUUUGGGGAGAGGUGAGGGUCUGGUACCCAGCUCCAUUUACUCCCCAUAAAAUGUUUUCCCUUACUGACUUAGCAGGCUUGCAGAUGCCAGUUCUGUCCCUGGGCGGGGACAGAUAGUCACAACCAAUGCCUAAGCAACCUCUCACAUUUUGCAUUUUAAUAAAAUUGUGGCCAAAAUUAUGCCAAAAACCUUAAACAAAAUUAGGGUGGGAAGUGUGAAUUUUUUAGGGGCGGCUUGGGGACUUCGACACGCAACGCUGCAUUAUACAGGACAGGUGGCAACUCUGUGAAUUCUACGAUUCCUCAGCGUGCAUCUGAGGCCCUCAGCAGCAGCAGAAGCUGCAAGGAGGGGGGAGGAACAGGCGUCUGAGGCUCCAAGCCCUGCCCAUGUGCUCCAGCAAGCUCCGCCCUCCUCCGUUACAUAGAGCCGGACAGAGCUGCUUUCCCCCCUUUUCCUCUCGAGGCGCAGAGAGGUGCCGAGGACCACGGAUGAGACGCAUGCGCAGCACCAGCCGCCACUGGAGGGGCUGCUGCUUCUGCGGGGCUCGGGGGACUGGCUGCCGCAGCAGCAUCUCUGCUCGGAGGGGCCAAGGCAAGGAAGGGGAGUGCUGCUGCGUCGGCUGGCGAGGCCGGGCGGGCGGCUCUCCGCAGCAGCUGGCAGAGAGGUACGCCGACCUGGCCGCCAGCCACGCCGAGGCGCUGAGGCUCGGGGAGGAGCGUGAGCGCCAGAGCGUGCGGCUGCGGGAAGAGAACGCGCGCCUCAGGCUGGAGAACCGGCGCCUGCGCAGGGAGAACCGCAGCCUCUUCCGCCAGGCUCUGAAGCUGCAGCCCUUCCAAGAACAGGAAGUCAAGCCUGGAGAGGCGGGAGGAGCAGGAGGCAAUGGCAGCGGGGAAGAUGCGGAGCCUGCAGGAAUCACCAUUUCCUCCCGGGAAGGUGAGGAGCUGAUGCAGAGUGGUGCAAAGAGGGCACGAGUUGGAGAUGGAGGCAGAGGGGAUGCGCCUGACAUAGCCUGAUGAAAUCUCCCAGCAGCGUAACAAAAGGAGAGUUGGAUUUGACAAGACUCCCUUUUCCUUCUUCGCUCAUCCUCCGCCUCUCCCAUCGGAGAAACUGAUGCCUGAAUCUGGCACCUCCAGGAGGAAGACUGCCUCAAAACUUAACGCUUUCCUUUUUUUGGCACCUGGUGGGGGAAAUCAGGCUCUCUGCACACCCCACCCCUCACGGAGGGAAGCAUCCUCCCCGUUUGUACCUUUCCCCCCUCGCAGGCAAAACAAAAGGUUCUGGUUGCCUGGUUUCCAGAAUCUACACCCUCCCCCCCCUUGUUUACCUGCUGGCAGGAGGAUGUCUUUGCCACCUGCCUUGUCCCAGAAGUGCAUCCCUUGGGAGCCUCUGCUGAUGCAAGGAAGCUGUGAUCAGCAGAGCACCUGCCGGCAGCAGCCUCAAAAGCAUGGGAUGGCGUAAGGAAAAGACUUACUUGUCAGUCUUCACUUUAACAGCCGUCUUUGGAAGGCUGGAAUAUUUGCUGAUUUGCUGGCCUUAAAACACAUUGCCUCUGGGGUUAACGAAUCUUUGAAAGGCUCUUCAAAAAAUAAAAUUUGCGAUGCACUGGAUUGUUCUCCGUUGUACGUUUGUAAUUGGUCCUGUAAUAGCUGCCAGCUUUGCAGUCCAAACUCCAGGAACGGGUUUGAUUCUUGGGGAUGAGGGCUGCUGGCUAAAGAGAGGCUAGUUUGCAGGAUACAAAGCUGGGCUGCAGUGUCUAUAUACAUAUGUACCUGGAAGUAAGUGUUAUUAAACCCAUUGGGUAUGUUUAGGAGCGCACCAUUAAGCCAACAAUGCUGGUCCAGUUUCUGUUGUGGUUUUUUUUUUUUUGGUGUAAAAAAAAAAUGCUUUGUCUUGCAGAUGCUAUACCCUUUUAAAAUGUGGCUCUUGGGGGGGCAUUAUUGGGUUAUUGCUUUUAUUUUUAUUUUAUAUACUGUGGUCUUUUUAUGUGAACCGCCCCGAGACUUCCGGGUAUAGGGCGGUAUAUAAAUUCAAUCAAUCAAUAAUGAUGUAUUCCUGCAGCAGAGAGAGCCCACCUGAGUUUUGAAGUGAAGUUGGCGCAGCUGUAUUGAGGUUGGAAGUCCUGAAAGGCCGAUAUUGUAGAACCCUGUUCGAUAUAUAUUCAAUGAUCCACAGCCACAUACAGCUCAUAUUUAUUCAUAUGUAUUCACAUACAUUUCAAGACCACGGUUAGCUUAUUUUUUAUAAGGUAGGGCCCUUUGGCCAAUGUAUCUGUGGCUCAGGUGUUACUUGAAUAGGCCUAAAUCAACCAUAGCUGAUUUAACAGAGUUAUGGAGAUUAUUCCAUAAUGCCGUGUUCUUUAGGUCUCUUUGCACAUGCUGAAUCUGUAAACUGAACAAAAAAUGUUUCUUUUUAACAAUGGUCUAAAAUGGCACAAUUCAGCCUAAAAAGGUUUUCUUUGUCCUUGGCCAUUGGAACACUUUACAACCUCAUAAGCGUGUUUUCAUUCUUGGGAGAUGCUCCCCCACUGAUGUGUCAAACUUCCAAGAAUGUGUGUUCAGAAUUACAUUAGUGUAAUGCCUGCUUGCAUGCCCCACCUUUCUCUCUGGGGGGCUGGUGCAGCAUCAGCAACGGGUUAUGAAGGAGCAUUUCAUCCUCUCACCUACACACCUUUCCUGCGUAGGGCACUACUGGGGGUGGGGGGGGAGAGAGGGGAUUACAGCAAAGGAAACAUCAUCCUUGCUGGGCCAGAACUGAGCAGGCAUAAACAAUGGCUGUUCUUCUUUCAAGGAGCAGCCCAUACUUUCUCCACACCAUUUGUGCUCCCCUGGGCUCGGCCUUCCUGCUCCACAACCCUACUAAAGAGCGGAGCGUACAGGCUAGUGGAUCUCAGAACAAGACAGUAACUCCAAGCAACUAGACAAGGACAACUCGCCUAAUCCGACUCAAGAGGGCUGCACAGUCCUGCAAUAACCAGGACUCUGGGCAGGCAGGAAGCACUGGCAACAGUUAGUGCCACAGCUUGGCGUACAUCAGUUGCCUGCGGCAGCUCUAGAAAGCUGGACUGCCACCAAAGGAGAGACAUCAAAGGGGGUCACCCCAACAUCAGGGUGGGGUAAAGCGAGGGCAAGGGCCAGGGCUGUGGUUACAGUGGUUCAGGUACAUAUCCAAUGAGUAUGUGGAUAGCAUAGGGACCAGGGCCUUAGGCAGGCAGCCAAUAGUGGGAAUACCCACUGCCCCAAAUUAGGUGAACACCAGCUGCGGGGCAGGGGGGACUUUAUAAAUCCAGCCUGCCUGCCCUGGCGGAGGGGCUGGCACCAAAGGGGCCAUCAUCCCCUUUGGGGGUUGAUACCUCGGGGUGGGACGAGGGCGUGGGCCAGGAUUCUUGGGGGGGGGGGUCUGAAAAAUGUGCCCGGAAGGAGAACCUGGAGAGAGCAAGGGGACCAGUUCACAGCAGGGGGCAGUACGGUAAGGGAGCCCCCCGCUCCAACCUGGGGGAAUUGCAGUCAUCCUACCAGCCAGCCCUUCAGGUCGGCUCAAAGCAAGAUCUCCCUGAUCCAUGAUCGCUGGUUGCCUAUUAUUUGGUCCCACCCGCUGUGGGUCUUGUGGGAGCUGCCCCCUGCCUCUCUCCACCAGGCCUAGGGCAGGGCCCUGGCAGACUACAGCUGCCUCCAAGGACUGCCAGGCCUCUUCUACUGGGUAGGAAACCCAACUCUGGGCGUUAACUGCAGCCUUGGAAGGAGGAGGGUGGCAUUCACCGCCUGCCACUCCUGCCUCCUCCUCACCUUAAGGCGUUUGUGGAAAGAGCACAUUUGUCCCUAGAAGCAAGGGCAUCUUGCCCAGAGGCUAGUGGUGCCAGGUAAGAGGCAGAGGCUGGAUGCGGCACCUCCCGGCAUCAGCUCACAGCCCUCACCCGCCUCUGCCACACCCGGAGCCUCCAUCUGCUGUGUCCACUGAGGCACAAAGCAUCCCUUGGGAGCCUCUGCUGAUGCAAGGAAGUCGUGAUCAGCAGAGCACCUGCGGGUAACAGCCUCAAAAGCAUGGGAUGGCGUAAGGAAAAGACUUACUUGUCAGUCUUCAGUU